CCAGGCACUGUGGACCCUGGGUGAGGGUCAGCCCCAGUCCGGGUCACAGGGUCGAGGUGCAGCUGGACACCGUUUUCACCAGAGAUGCUGCGGUGUCCUGGGAGGCCCGAGGCACUUGGCAGAGUGGGACGCCUGUGCCCUGGGGUUUGGUGCAGGCAGUGGGGAGCUGCAGCUGGGACAGCUGGCAGGGCUGGAGCAGGCUCAGGCAUCCUGGGGCAGGGGGCCCAGCUGUGGGCAGGCCACACAGGGGUCUCACCUGCCUGAGUGGGCUGUGCUGGUUGCAGGGGCCCUCAUGGGAGCUGGGGAUGUGAUUGCGCAGCAGCUGGUGGAGCAGCGGGGGCUGCAUGGGCACCAGUGCCCCCGCACCCUGAGAAUGAUGGCCAUUGGCUUCUGCUUUGUGGGCCCUGUUGUGGGCAGCUGGUACAGGAUCCUGGAUUGGCUCAUCCCAGGGAACACAAAAGUUGUGGCUGUGAAGAAGGUGAUCCUAGACCAGGGGGCUUUCGCGCCGUGCUUCCUCGGCUGCUUCCUGGCUGCCACAGGGGCCGUGAACGGGCUGUCGGUGCAGGAUAACUGGUCCAAGAUCCAGCAGGACUACGUGGAUGCCCUGAUGACCAAUUACUGUAUCUGGCCACCCGUCCAAGUUGCAAACUUCUACUUUGUGCCUCUGCAGCACAGGCUGGCUGUUGUCCAAUGUGUUGCCAUCGUCUGGAACUGCUACCUGUCCUGGAAAACGAAUCGGAUGUGAGGCAGAAGCCGUGUCCCAUCCCUGUCCCCAGCCUGUGCCCUGCCUGACCCCACCGCAGCUCAGAGCCCUUGGAGUGGGCGCGUGUGGCCGUGGCAGGUGGGACACGCGGGGUCCUGGCAGCAGCCAUCCUGCUCUUCUCAGGGGAGCACCAUCCCCUGUGGCCUCAGCCCCCACUGCCCCAGGGAGAAGAUGGUGCCAGGACAGGCCUGGAUCUGCUCUUGCCGUGCUGUGCAGCAGCUCUGCCCACAAUGUGCUUCUCCACCUGUGCUCAGCCAUUUCUGAGCCCUUGCCUGCACACAGGGUGCUCCUGCCCCGAGCGUCACUCUGACCUUCCCAUGGCACAUCCUGAGGGAAGAGAGGAGGGGAAGUGGAGAAGAGGAGCAGAAAUGGCCCUGAGCUGGCUGUGCCAUGGGCACAGAACUGGGGUCACUGCAGGCUGGGGAUGCUCCCCCUGAAAACGGGGUUUGCUGUGGCUCUGCUGUGGACAGUCAAUAAACGGUGGUCUUCGCUUCUGA